AUGGGGGCGGAGGAAGAGGCCACACCGGGCCAUGGGGGCGGAGGAAGAGGCCACACCGGGCCAUGGGGGCGGAGGGAGAGGCCACACCGGGCCAUGGGGGCGGAGGAAGAGGCCACACCGGGCCAUGGGGGCGGAGGAAGAGGCCACACCGGGCCAUGGAGACGGACAGAGCUACACUGGGCCAUGGAGACGGAGGGAAAGAGGCCACAUCCGGCCACGGAGACAGAGGGAGGGAGGCCACACUGGACCAUGGUGGCGGAGGGAAAGAGGCCACACUGGGCCAUGGAGACGGAGGGAGGGAGGCCACACUGGGCCACGAGGACGGAAAAAAGGGACCAUUGGGCUAUAGGGACGAAGGAUCAGAGGUCACAUCGGGUCAAGCAGACGGAGGAAGAGGGACCACAUAGGGCCAUGAAGACAGAGGAAAGCACACCACAUAGGGCCAUGAAGACAGAAGAAGACACGCCACAUCGGGUCAUGAAGAUGCUGGUCCCGAUAUCGGCGGCGUUGGCGAGCUGCGGGGGUCGGGAACCUGCGGCAGCUGCGUCGCACCUGUCGCGGUGCAAGUACGGCCUCCCGCGUCUGAAUGUACAGGAGGAUCUACGGAAGAAACACAAAAAUCACAAGCCAGGAGAGAGGAACAAAAACGCAAUCCACACCAAGCCCCACGCCAACCCAACGCAACCCACACCAAGCCCCACGCCAACACAACGCAACCCACACCAAGCCCCACUCCAAAACAACGCAACCCACACCAAGCCCCACGCCAACACAACGCAACCCACACCAAGCCCCACGCCAACACAACGCAACCCACACCAAGCCCCACGCCAACACAACGCAACCCACACCAAGCCCCACGCCAACACAACGCAACCCACACCAAGCCCCACGCCAACACAACGCAACCCACACCAAGCCCCACUCCAAAACAACGCAAUCCACACCAAGCCCCACCCCAAAACAACGCAACCCACACCAAGCCCCACUCCAAAACAACGCAAUCCACACCAAGCCCCACUCCAACACAACGCAACCCACACCAAGCCCACGCCAACCCAACGCAACCCACACCAAGCCCCACGCAACCCACACCAAGCCCCACUCCAACACAACGCAACCCACACCAAGCCCCACGCCAACCCAACGCAACCCGCACGACCGGACGCCAUGCUAAUCAGCCCCGAGUCUUCAUUACACAUAACGCGCCCGCACUAA